AUGAAAGUGGGCGGAAAUGAGUCGGCUACCAAAUAUUUCCAGUCACAUGGCGGGACAGCUGCGUUAAACAGCAAGGACUCCAAAAUAAAGUAUACCUCCAGUGCAGCGGUGAAGUACAAAGAAGAAUUGAAGCGGCGAGCAGCUCAAGAUGCAGAAGAGUAUCCUGAGGAGGUAGUGAUCACGGACGUGGCUGCAACAGCUACCCCAGAAGGAUCAUCCACACCCGCUGGCGAUCCGGAUGAUGAUUUUUUUUCAUCUUGGGACAAGCCAUCCAUCAAAAGACCAAGCAACCCCCCUUCACGUGUUGGCACACCGUCCUCUGGAGGCCGCAGCUCGCCUUUCCUCACUCCGGGGCCCAACGGUAACGGAUCGCGACCCAAAUCUCCACUUUCUAGCACUGAAAAGGGCAAUGCUUCUUCUCCCCCUGUCGCUGUCCGGACGGCAACAGCUGUCCGCAAGGGACCAGCUGCCACUGGAAAGAAAACAUCAGUUCUCGGGGCCAAGAAAGGACCUAAGCUGGGCGCAAAGAAAGUUGUUGGAGCAGAGGCUAUUGAUUUUGACGAGGCAGAGAGAAAGGCAAAAGAAGAAGCGGAGAGAAUUGCAAAAUUGGGGUACGAUCCUGAGUCUGAAAGGGCUGAAGAGGAGGCUGCUACAAAGGGGAAAUCUGCUUCAUCCAUAGUUUCUCCUACUCCAAUAAGCCCCAGAACUAGCUUUGGAACCACACGGAGUCAUGACCGGAGUGCAAGUGAGGUUGAGAGAUUGGGCAUGGGCAUGGGACGCCUUGGCUUUGGUCAAGUUGGAAAGCCUAAGGCUCCAGCUCCAAAGAAGCUGGGAUUCGGUGCUGUUGGACAUGCUAAUUCCGCAGUUGAUGAUGAAGAAUUAGAGCAAACAAGAUCCAAAUUCGGCAACCAGAAGGGUAUUUCGUCGGAUGAGUUUUUCGGCAGAGAGCAGUUUGACCCCGUAGCUCAGGCCGAGGCUAAGACUCGACUCAGCAACUUUGAAGGCGCUACUUCGAUAUCAAGCAAUGCUUACUUUGGCCGCCCUGAAGAUGAACUUCCGGCUGGUGACGAUUACGGCGACUUGGAAACGGCAGCUAAGGACUUUGUUCGGAAAUUCGGGAUUACCGCGGGCGAUGAUCUUGAGAAUUUGACCAACUUGGUUGGUGAUGGCGCUGUUAGACUUCAUGCUGAGUCUUAA